AUGAAAGAUGACCAAGAGGACGAAGAUGACUGUGAUAAUUUCCAGUCUUUCCCUGCCUUAGCAGAUGCAGUUGGCACUGUUUCAAAAGCAGAAAGUGCUGCAGAAGAACCAGACCUAGUUGAGAAAUCUACUUCGGAAAGUGAGUUUGAAGAGUUUCCUACGUCCAAACCCAUCAACAAUGAAAUUGAUACAAACAAUGCCGAGCAUCAAGAGGAAGUGAUUUCUGAUUACCUAGGGCAUAAUAUCAGAACCAAUCUUCAACUUAUUGACGAUGCGGUAAGCCAUGAGGGUGAAGAGGGAGCAGCGUCCAGCCAAGAGAAUAUAGAAAUCUCUCCUGAUCUUAAGGUUUUUGAGGAUACAGAAGGGUCAAUUCAAGUGAAUAUAGUGGAAGACUAUGAGCAGACAAGACAGAGCCCACGUACUAGUAUUGAUCAUCAAGUAUCACCAGAUGAUUUUAAAUCAGUUGAAGAGAAAAUGCAUGUUGAAAAAUGCUUUCCGGACAUGAAACUAAGGGGAAAGCGAGAGGAUGUAGCAAGUAUUGAAUAUGUUGAAGCUGAAAAUGCUACGGGUACUCGCUGGCUAGGGUUUCUUGAGGUGAAAGAAAGAGUGACAGAGGAGGCGGAAGGGUUGAGAAGGAGAAGAAAUGAGCCUAGCAAGGAAGGAGAAGAAGAAACUGGAAAUAUUUGUGGAUUAAAACUUGACAACAAAUGA